UGUAAAAGUAAACAAAAAUCCAAAAGGAAUUAUCAUUCAUGGAUCUGUAACAUAGACAUGCAUAAUUAUAGAGACACAACAUGAAUAAAUCUUUUAAUAGGUUAUCUAGUGGGUACAGUAUAUUCAUUGUAAUUUUAUUCAUUCAUUGUAUCAAUACCAUUAUAAGAAUAUUUUUUCUUUCUAAUAAACGAACGAAAAAUGACUUCUAACGAUCAGUUAUUGUCACAAUAUAUCAAGUCAGAAGCAGUUGAUUCAAAUAAAUCAACUGAUGACUCGUUCAUUAAUCUUAAAGUUCGAGAUUAUUCUAACAAUGUGACAGUUUACAAAGUCAAAAGGACGAAACCUCUUAAUAAACUUAUGCAAAUCCAUUGUGAUAGAAAUGGCUUGAAUAUUCAAGUUUUUAAUUUUUAUUUUGAUGGAAUUCGUAUUAAGGAUAAUUAUACUCCUGAUUAUCUUGAGAUGGAAAACGAUGAUGAUAUCCAUGUUGUGGCCAGCCAAAUAGGGUGUUAAUGCUUUUACACUAAACCAAUAUUAAAAUAUUUAUCUUUUUUUUUUAUUUUAUAUUUAAGUGGUGGUUUCUAAAAUAAAUAGUUAUAAAUCGAUUUUUUUUACAAUAUUUAUAUUUAAGCAAAUGAUAUAAUUCUGAA